AUGCGUCCCACUGCCUCACAGCUUUUAGGGAAGACCAGUGUUAGAGGCAACCGCUGGAACCGGGCCACUGCAGCCUUGAUGCUCUCUCUGUGUCUUGGCUUUCCUCCCUCUGUGGCCAUGUGCCCACCCUACUGCCUUUGUGCCAGUGAUAUCAUUUCCUGCAGCGGGCGCAAUCUGUCUGUGCUACCCUCUGAUCUCCCAAGCUAUGCCACACGGUUGGACCUGAGCCACAAUGCCCUCACUGCCCUGCCUGUGGACUGGACUUCCGGACCGUUUGACCGGCUUGCUACACUGAUUCUCAGCCGAAACUCCAUUAGCCAAAUUGAGGGAAAUGCCUUCACUGUGGCGCCGUAUCUCAUCCACCUGGACAUCUCUUCCAACCAACUAACAGUGCUGAACUCGUCCAUCUUCUCGGGGUUGAAGGAACUGAAAGAGCUGCUGUUGUUUGGCAACCAGAUCUCCCAGAUUAAUCCCGGUGCCUUCAGUGAUCUUUACAGCCUGCAGAGGCUCUACCUCUCCGGGAACAGACUGAACGCUUUCCCCUUGGGGCUUUAUUGGGAACCUGGGGGGCCUCGUAAUCUGACCUUUCUUGAUCUUUCAAACAACAUGCUUUCCAAGGUUCCCGUCCAGAGAUUGCUGUCUCUACCCCUGCAAGGUGGAAAUUAUUUACAGGAAAAUCCUUUGGUCUGUGACUGUGCUUUACUCGCUUUGCUGGAGUACUGGAUGUGGAGACAGUAUCGCCCCCUGAUAGUCUUCCGCGGUGAAUACCCAUGUAUAGACGAUUCAGGACCUGAAUGUAGCCAGCAAGUAGUUUCAGAUAUGCCAGUUGAGGCAAACACGUACCAAGUAGAUCCCGGUAAAUGGCUAAGUGUGCCAUGUCCAGGGUUGACUUCCCCAACUCAGGACGUGUUCUGGGUUACCCCAAAGACUGUGCUGAAAUCAUCAACCAACGAUACCAGUGCUCGCCUAAUAGUCUCCCCCAAUGGCACCCUUGAAAUCCAAGAAGCCCUGAUGGAGGAUUCUGGUGUGUAUGUGUGCGUGGCAGCUCGAGGGCGUCACUUUGGCCCCAAAGAGUCUCCUGAGGUGAAUGUUGUGGUUGGAAACCAAAGCACGGCCUCCACAAGCGGGUUAACGCGCCGUAAAGGGGCCGAACAUUUCAAUACUGCAUUCACAACCCUGGCUUCCUGCGUGGUCAGCAUCAUUCUGGUGCUGCUCUACCUCUACCUCACUCCCUGUCGAUGCCAGGAAAACCGGGGUGGGGCAUCGGGAGGGUGCGGAGGACGAGCAUUUGUCCUCUGUGCAGACCCCAGAGAGGUAGAAUCAGGACAGCGGCGGUCAAACGGAAAGAGAGUGGCUUUCUUAGAGCCUCAGUUAGAGGACUCUGAUGUUGAUGGUCUAAAAACAACAGCCAUUAAUUUGGGUCAUGUUACCAUUGAGGGAAUUCUCAAGAAUGGAAGUAGGACAGUGGGACAGACCCUCACAGACCCUACUCAAAUGGCAUAG